AUACCACAAACAACUUACAAACGUUUAACAAGUGCUUUCAACAAGCAAUACUCAAGCAUUAAAAAUGCAAACAAAAUAUCUUACAAUUUCCUUCGCCCUGCUCGGUGUGGCAUUGGCCAUUCCCGCGUCCAGCUCGACGAUUGUGGACGAAUCGGGUCCAGAUCGUCGCAUUGUCAACGGAACGGAUGCAUCCAUCCUGGACUACCCGUUCAUGCUGUCGCUUCGCGGCAGUACCGGGGGCCACUCGUGCGGUGGUAGCAUCCUGUCCGAGCUGUGGGCAAUGACGGCGGCCCACUGCGUGAGCUCCACCACAACGUACCUCCAAACAAUUCAGGUCGGGCGUACCAACAUCUCCCGCGACGUCGACGACUCGGUGUACGGUAUUGCGCAGGUCAUAGCCCAUCCGCAGUACGACUCACGCAACAGCCAUCUGAACGAUAUUGCACUGCUGAAGCUGCAGCGUCCGAUCGUGUUUAGCGAGAGCGUUCAACCGGUCCGCCUGCCCGCGCCGAUGUUUGAGGUGGAGGAUGAUCUCGACGAUCUGGGCGUGACACUGAUCGGCUGGGGUCUAUUGGCGACCGGUGGAUCGGCACCGGCUACACUGCAGCGCGUCGACUACUACGUCGUUCCGAACGAGGAGUGCAAUGCGAUCCACACAGGCACGAUCUAUCCAUCGCACAUCUGUGCCGCCAUUCCCGGCGGUGGCAAGGGACAGUGCAGUGGUGAUUCCGGUGGUCCGCUGCUCCAUCACGGUGUCCAGGUCGGUAUCGUGUCGUGGAGCGUCAAACCGUGCGCCGUUGCACCGUACCCGGGUGUGCUGACCAAGGUGUCGCACCAUCUCGAGUUUAUCCAGCAGCACACGGGUAUUAAGUACUGAACUGAUAGAUUUUGUGAAAAACAAU